AUGCAUAUCAUUCGUGAGGCUACGGGUGGUACCCCCAACGUCACUGCUGGUACCGACUUGGCCUCAGCGGCUACCCUCAACACAGCUAUGUCCAGUGUGGCGGCCUGUGCGCUGACAAAGUUCGGCUGUCGUCAAGAACACAAACAACAUAUCAAAGCUACCGCCGUGGCAUCGAAGCCUGGAUUUGAACAUCGCAGGAUCAGCCGGAUCGCUUUUUCGUGAAAAAUGGAACGCUUAAGGGGCAGCUCGAUAUGGACAUCUUUACUCCAGAGCACUUCGAAGCGUUUUACUGGCCAAGAUGAGCGACGCUACUCGAUGCCUAAAGGUCACGACGCCGAGUGGAUAUUGAAGUGCUUUAAAGGACAUUUAUAGACAGAGACGACUGCCACUUCCAGCGGAGUAUGCAGACGACUUAAACACAUAUGUUGGCUGGUCUUAAGAGUAUUGAAGCUUUACGCAAUCAACAUGUAGCUGGAGACGCUAGAAAUUCCAAUAAACAGCCCUACCCUAUUUUGUA